CAAAACAUAACCUAAAAUUUGGAAAGUAGACGUGGGUUAAAGCGUUGUGAAUCUUUUUAACUGGGUGUAAAGUAAACAAAUAGUUGCUAUUCAUUGCAGCUAAAAACAAAUGCUUAUAAAUAAAGUUAUUUAUGUAAAUAUAAUUGACGAUGUCUGAACAAACUGAACCGGUAUCUCAGAUUGAAACAGAUAAAACAGAAGGCCAGGAAAAUACAAAUGUUAGCGAAGAGUAUGCUUAUUUGGAUCGGGGUGGAUUCUCUUCAGAGAAUUUCAAAAUUGAACUCCGAGGCUUGCCAAAGUUCUAUGGAAUAGCUGAAUUAAAAAAAUUAAUGAAUAAUAAACUAGGCUUGAACACAAGUAAGAUAAAAAGGCCUAAAAAUGGAAGUCACUGGUUGUAUGCAUGUUUCCAAAAUGAUGAAGAGCGCACCAAAGCUAUUGCUGCAUUGAAUGGAUAUUAUUGGAAAGGAAAGACACUAAUUGCUGAAGCUGCAAAACCAGCACCUGACCCACUUGUGAGAAAGAGAAAACAAGAAGAAGAUGGAACUCAGAACAAAAAGCAGAAAGAAGGUGAGAAUAAGAGUCAAGAAGAGAGAUUGAAAGAUGCAGUUACGCCAUACUGGGACAUGCCCUAUGAAGACCAGUUAAAAGUUAAAGAACACGAAAUCAAGAAUCUGCUUAUGAAAUUUGACAAUGACGUUUGGAAGAUUCAUAAAGAAAAGAGGGGGGAAAUUGAGUCCAAUCGUAAAAUAUACAAUGGUUUAAGUUUUGAGUUAAAGCCCAUAGAGAAGAGUCCAAUAACUGAAGGGUAUAGGAAUAAGUGUGAAUUCACUGUUGGGAUUGAUGAUGAGACAGAACAGCCCACAGUGGGGUUCCGUUUGGGCAGUUAUGCCACUGGUACAGUGGCUGUAGCUCCUGUAAGCAGCUUAAACCAUAUAUCUGAGAAAAUGAAGAAGGCUGUAUUGGUAUUCCAAGACUUUGUCCGUCAAUCAAACAUGGCACCAUUCUCACCCGCAGACUAUUCUGGAUAUUGGCGAUACCUUACUGUCCGGGAGUCUAAAAGUUCUGGCGAUCUCAUGCUUAUCAUUGCCAUGUAUCAACAGGAUCUAACAACAGAGAAAAUGGAAGAAUUAAAAAAACAGUUAAUAGAACACUUUGGUACUGAGGAAUCGGUUGCUUGCAACAUCAAAUCUGUAUACAUUGAGCUUAUCACUAAAAGGCGAGCCGGCGAAGAUGGAUCAAAGCCUUUUCAUUUGACAGGAUCAACUCAUAUAAUAGAUACGAUAUUGGGACGACAAUUCAGGAUAUCGCCACAAGCUUUCUUUCAGACAAACACCGCCGGCGCUAACAUUCUCUACCAGAGCGCGAUAGAUAUGAGCCAAGUAAAAAGUGAUACUACCGUCGUGGACAUAUGCUGUGGUACGGGCACUAUUGGACUUUGUUUUGCUAAGCAUUGCGACAAAGUUCUCGGCUUGGAGUUGGUCGCGGAAGCAGUCAUGGAUGCGAAGGCGAAUGCCGAACUGAACGGCAUUAAGAAUUGCGAAUUCUUUACGGGGAAAGCGGAAAGCAUACUGCCGUCGGUACUGGCGCGGGUGACCGGAAACGAUGUCAUAGCGAUUGUGGACCCGCCGCGCGCUGGCUUACACAUGCGGGCAGUGACGCAACUGCGGAACACAAAGAAGGUUAAACGGCUGGUAUACAUAUCGUGCAGCCCGGCGUCUGUUAUAAAAAACCUCGUGGAUUUAUCCCGACCUUCCUCCAAGACGUUAUGGGGUGCGCCCUUCGUGCCCGUACGAGCGAUCCCUGUUGAUAUGUUCCCGUACACGAGGCACGUGGAACUGGCUGUACUGUUUGAAAGAGAGAAAACAAAUGAACAAGACGAUGAAGAACCAGUUCCAGAAGAUAUUAUUGGGGACAAUGAAAUGAAAGAAGUUGAUUCAACUAAUGGAGAAAUAAUGGAAGAUAUCGUUUUAAGAAAAAAUGAUGAUAUACAGAUUUAAUAUACAUGUAUUUUAUAACGAUAAAUAAACGUUUUAAUAGUUG